CAUGCUUACUGGCAUGAUAUCACUGUCGCUUGCGAACCCUUCAUGUGACUUCCUUCUCUCUUUUCGCAUCACGCUCAUCGCUGCUGAGGAUUCAUAUUGUUUGCUUGGGAUUGUGCACCCCUUCACGCCUCUAGGUACUGAAGCUUCGCAGGAGCAAUAUCCCGUCACAAUACUACCCAAGUAUUGUGCUCCGAUCAAUUGUCUGAAGGACUACAAGAGGACCAGUCAGACUGCACCUGCGACAAUGCUCAUCCGUUGACUGUCCAUAUCAUCUUUGCCUGAGCUCAACUUGCCAAUACCAACCUCAUCGCUACCCCACUGGGCGAGGUAGACUGUCUGACGCCACUGAGCAGGUCCGUUGCCACAAGCAAGCGUUCCCUACGCGGUGACCUCACGCGAGCCAACAUCAGCAGAAUCUCUUCCCCACUGACGCUUUGCAAUGGCUUCAAACGGCUGGCAGAAUAACGCCACUUUCGAUCCGUAUGCGCAGACCUUCGUACUUCUGCAGCCAGAUGGCCUCACUCCUUUCCCGGCUCUUCUCGGCGAUGUACUUGCACUGAACACUGUUUCGGUUACUCAGGGCAUCAUCUACGGCACGCAAGUCGGCAUCUCCGGGUUGCUUCUGCUGAUCCUGCUCAUCAUGACCAAGCCCGACAAGCGCCGCAGCCUCGUCUUCAUCCUCAAUUCGCUGUCAUUGCUGCUCAUCUUCGCCCGCAACGUCUUGUCCUGCGUCCAGCUGACCACGAUCUUUUACAACUUCUACAACUGGGAGCUGCACUGGUAUCCCGAGUCGCCAGCCUUGUCGCGCGCUAUGGAUCUUUCUGCGGCCACGGAAGUCCUCAAUAUCCCGAUCGAUGUGGCCAUCUUCAGCUCGCUUGUCGUGCAGGUUCACAUUGUCUGCUGCACUAUUCACACGCUAGUCAGGACCAGCGCCCUCCUCAGCUCUGCGGCCGUCGGCUUGGCGGCAGUUGCAGUUCGCUUCGCACUGGCUGUCGUCAACAUCAAGUACUCCAUCUUCGGCAUCAACACUCUGACCGAACCACAAUUUAACCUCAUCGUCCACCUCAAACGGGUUAGCGACAUCUUGACAGUGGUGGCGAUUGCAUUCUUCUCGUCGAUCUUCGUCGCUAAGCUCGGCGUCGCCAUCCACACGAGACGCACGCUGAACCUCAAGAACUUUGGCGCCAUCCAGAUCAUCUUCAUUAUGGGCUGCCAAACCAUGCUGAUACCCUGUAAGUGCACAUUAAUCAUAAGACAGCCAUCAUCACAUCGCUGACAGUGGCCUGUAGUGAUCUUUGUUAUCGUCAGCUUCUACGCCUCCCGCGGCUCGCAAAUUGGAAGCAUGGUCCCCACCGUUGUCGCCACUUUCCUGCCCCUCUCCGGCAUGUGGGCAAGCGCUCAAACGAACAACGAGAAGAUGGGCCGGGCUGAUCAGCGCUUUCAUCGCGCCGUCCCAGUUGGCGCAACAGACUUCUCCGUAACUAAAGCGCGCAGUGCAAAGGCGUCGGACACGCUUGACACGCUUAUCGGAGACGACUAUGAUGAUCAUGUGCCGUAUGGUGGGAACAGCGGUCGCCAGACCACCACCAGAAACCCAUCGCAUAGCAACGAUAUGAUGAUGCGUGGCGCGGGGGUUGACGAUGAUUUGGAGAUGCAGCGGC